UCGUCGUGGAAACGAUAACCCCGAGCGCAAGGCCCGAAGCACUGGAAGGGUUCCUCCAAUGUUGCUCCGACUCUCCGCUUCGAACGAAUGCGAUGCAUGUUCCGUCCUAGGAAAUAUCGUUUUCGCAUUGGUAUUAAUACGUGAAGACGGCGGCGGAUCGUUCGCCAGUUCAUCUCAGCACAACUUGUUUGCAGCAAUGCCGAGUCUUCGCGUCAUUCAAAGGGAGAUUGCAAAGCUUCCACAAGGCCCUCCAUUGGUCAUCGUUAUUUCCGGAGGCACGACUGGUAUCGGCUCCUACAUUGCGAAAGAACUUGCAAGACUGUUUGCCUCCAAGGGUAGCAAGCUACGCGUCUACAUAGUCGGACGAAAUAUCACGCGUGCGGAAAAGGUGCUCGCCGAGGGUCGUUAUCUCAGUCCUGGAUCUGAAUGGCGCUUUGUAAAAGCGACCGAUCUUGCCUUGAUCAGCGAGGUCGAUCGUUGCUGUGCGGACAUCAUCAAACAAGAGACCGAUGCUCCGUUCCAUGGAGGACCGGUCAGACUCGAUGCGCUCUACAUGACACAUGCGCGAUCUCCUUUGGUCAACAGAGAAAUGACGGAAGAGGGCCUUGAUAGCUUUCUGUCAACGCUGUACUAUUCGCGGAUACGGAUGACUAUGAAUUUGAUCCCUUUGCUUUCAGCCUCUCCACUCAACGGCCAUGUCAUUUCAGUGUAUGCUGGAAGCUUCGAGGAGGUGAAGGCUGGCGAUGAGCCUCCCAUCGGCUGUCCACCAGACGAUGCGUACGGCGUGAGCACAGUGCGUCGCAACACGGUCUACAUGAAGAACUUUGCCUUUGAAGAACUAGCGUCACGACACGCAGGUCGCGUAUCGUUCGCACACAUCUAUCCUGGACUCGUGGAUGGACCAGCAUUCACAGAUCCGGGCAAUCCGCUCUGGUUCAGGGUUAUCUGGCGUCUGUUGUAUCCGCUUCUUUGGCUGACUUAUAUGACGUCUGCGGAGGACUGUGGCAAAGUCAUGCUCUACCUCAGUACCCCACGGUUUCCAGCCAAAGGCGUGAAGCAGGAGGGUAUCGAGCCGGCAAUGGGCACGGAUGGCAAGUUAGGGAGUGGCUCUUAUGCUCUUGGCCAGCGAGCAGACCCCAGCAAAGUAAGAUCGUUUGACAAAGUUCGCCCAGAGGGCGUGGGUGAGCGGAUCUGGGCGCACACCAUGGAAACAUUCGAGCGAAUUGUGCGUAAGAACAAGCCGCAGGGCAGUGAAACAGAGAUUCAAGCUGGGUCAUGGGAGACAGAGAUAUCGUGAUACUUUACCACCUCUGGCCAUUUGAAUGACAGGGUGAUGAGCUCGCACAAUCAUUUGCAACACGCCAUCACGAUGUCCACAUUCGCUCGAAUUUCCGUGAAUUGUGCCCGCUUUUGCGAAGUCCCAGAAGAGACACGUGCCAAAACCAAUUGUCGCGGGCCUUGUCGUGAAGCGAAUGGCACGCAAGAACAACUCUAGGAGCAGAAAAAAAUUUUUUCAACACCUUCAUUAC